GCAGCGAAUAGCGAUGAAAAGUCAACGCCAGGUGCCGGCAGUCUAGUGCGGCUGGGAAUCGAAAGCGGUGGCAGUGGAGGCGGCAACGGAGCCGGUGUUGGAAUGGGCGUGGCCAUCGUCCAACGUCAGAGCAGUCGAAGUCGCGUCCUCAGCCGCCUUGUUGGCCAGAAACGCAUUCGGGAGGCAUUCCUACACUCGCCGAAAGCGGCUGUCAAUACGGAGGCUAAUGGCGACGGCGGCGGCGGUGGCAGCGGCGAUUGGAUCACAGCGGAAACGGAAGUGAAGCAUGGACAAUUGGACGAUGUUGCUGAGCAAAUAGAUUUUCACGACUUGGUCAGUUUGGAUUACACCGAUUCCUUAGAGUACCAAAACUGUAGCAGCGACGAUUGUUGCUACGCCUCGAAUGACACCUUAACCCAUGGCAGCCAGCGCAGCAGCAGCAGCUUCCACAUCAUCAUCAUCAUCAUCAUCAAGAUCAUCAUCACCAUUCAAGUGGAAACUGUCAUCGUCAUCAUCAUCAUCAAUAUCCCUACGACCGGAGGUCAUUGUGCACAAGUUGUUCAAGCAAUGAUUCCCUCUUCACAGAUCCCGUGGAUGAGGAGCUAAUUGAGGCCAAG